AUGUCGGGCUGGGACUUGGGUCAAGAUAGCCUCAAAGUGCUUGACAUAUGGCUUUCCGUCAGACCUCAGAAUGAAGCUGAUAUCAUCAAUCCUUCAUCUUCACCUACCAUCAAAACCGCUGCAAAUACUCUUCUUAGCUAUCUCACAUCUCAGCCUGGAGAGCACGCCGAUGAGUUUGAUGAGUUUGACGAUCGUUCCGCGCGUCUCCAUCAUGCCCUCGUCGAGCUCUGUCUCCUUCAUCCCCGCGUCAUGGACUGGGGCAUAACAGUUCUCUACGAGGUCAUAAGAAACACGCCAGCUGAUGCUGUCGGCGCACUCGGUGAGGGGCCAGAAGGAGCACGACUAGAUCUUGAAAGAUUCUUUGGGGACUACUUGUCCCUCUAUGAAGAUGGGACCAGACCCAAAGUGGGCACAAAGCCUAGGGAUAGACCCAAUGCGAAGGAUCCAUUUCUAGUGCAAUUCUCAGCGGAAGAAGUAGAGGAGAACGCUGAGGAUGUGAUAGACAAAAUGGCAAAUCUGAGGAAGAGCAGGUGGAAGAGCAUCAUUUUCGGGUGUUUCUCGGCGCGCUGUCAUGUUUUGGAGACGGUGGUUCAUCCAUACAAGGAAGCUUUGGUCCAGCGAUUACUGGAGUUCCUUGACCUUCAGCUGGACCCAACGAAGCAGGAGUGGAACAAGGUGGACUGCGUCGGUCUUCUGACUACGCUCAGAGGAUCCGCUUCAUAUCUCCUCUCUACUUUUCCCGCAGAGGAGCGAAAGGUGAAGGAGCAAGAGUGGAUCAAGGGUCUGAGCAAUCUGCUCUCAACGAGCCACGAAGGAAGAGAAGCGGAGGAUAAGGCCGAUGAUAUUCAAGUCAAAUCUCAUGCAGCGUUGGCGCUCAAGAACCUCAGAGCAGGGGGGCUUAACGAAUCUAGCGCGGAUCUUUUUGAUGUUCGAUAUUGGAUGUUUUAG